CUACGACUAUAUAGAAGAGCCACGCUGACUCCGCCGGCUGAUUUCUGCGAGUAGACUCGACGCGACCAUCCGCGCACAUCUCACCGCACGCAGCCAUGAGACUAUCAAUUCUCCUUAUCACGGUGGUGUCGACCGCGUGGGCACAGACGAAAAACGCGGAGAGGCCUGUCCGCGCUCCUCAGGGACAAAUCAAGUACGACGAUAUUGACGGCUCGAGGAUCAACCUGAAGUAUAUCGCGCCUCAGAGCCAGUGGCGAUCGCACUUAGCAAAUACAGCACGACUUCAGCGCGCCGAGGGUGGCUCGCCCCAGCGCUCUCGGCAGGCCCAGCGAGCUCCGCAGCACGCUGCCGCGGCGCAGCAGGCCCAGCCCCAGCAAUUGCAGCCGAUCCCGCAGGCGAUCCAGAACCAGCAAUUCUACAAGCCGUACUCGGCGGUGCCGAGUCACAUCAAGCAACUGAUCCAGCAGAACUAUCAGCCGCAAGUGCCCUACGUCGAUCCCACGUCUUUCCUGUACAGCUCCAGCUUCGUGGUACCCCAGCAACACGAACAGCAACCAACAUCAGCCGCUUCCGAGCUACCCCGUGCCGCCUACCUGCAACCCGCGGCGAGAUACCAGUCGAUCGAUCCGCGAGUGCAGUCCAGAUUCGAAUACAGCGACAGGAGGGUGGAACGUCAAGACGGAGUCAUCUACAAGGACGAUUACGAGCAGCAGCAGCAGCAGCAGCAGCAGCAACAGCAACAGCAACAGCAGCAGCAGCAGUAUCAGCAGGUACCAGUGGGAACCAUACCGGAACCUCCGCUGCCUACGAUAUACCUUGACAGGAACAUGCCCUCGGAGCUGAGACAGUUGCUGCAGUAUCAGGCGCAGAUACCGUACGACGUGACGGCGAAUCGCAUCCAGUACACGCCCAAGAAUCUUUUCAUCCCGAAGCCGUUGUCCGACGAUGCUAAGGGGCAGUAUUACUAUCGCAGCAAGGUAUACUACACGGACGACGAGAACGCCAACGCGGAGUAUCCGCAGGAAAAGCCGGUCGACGACAGACAGCACCAUUGACGGAUAUGACUGUGUAAUGCGCGGUUUAUGUAGAUUAAUGAUCUUAUCUCCCCCGGUAAGCUUCUAGAAGAGAGACGGCUGGGCUCACCUCUGAGACUCGCUCGAGCUGAGCGCUGUUUUCGCGCUGAGCGGAAGUCGCUCUCAGCUCUCAAGCGUCAUCGCAGCGGCGCUGGGACAAGCGUCUUAUGCGCCUUAAAUUAUUACAGCGCUUGUUAACGUACUUUAGUGAUGUACACUUUUGUAUUAGCGUGUACUUGGUUUUGUUUACUUAAUUAUGAACGCGUUACUAAUUAAGGGAGUGCGGCAGGUCGGUGGGAACGUUUGGUCGGGAGAGAACUGAUCGAACGGUAAAUUUCGAUCGAAAAAAAUUUAAGCGACGAUUUCCAGGAGAACAUUUUAAUAUCAAUAGAAGACCUCUCGCAAAAGAGAGAGAAAAAGAAAGAGAAAGCUCUGGAGGAAAUGAAAGAGUAAGAAAGAAUAUCAAAUGUCUAAUAAUAUUUUUCCUCUUUUGUUCUGAAAGAUUCCGAAACUUUCCUUUGUGCAAAAAAGAGUUUAGGUAAAGAGUUAGUAGACAACAUUUUCACCAAGGAGGGAGAGAGAGAGAGAGAGAGAGAGAGAGAGAGAGAGGGAGAGAGAG